AAAUGGACCAAAACCCAUCGCUUCCCAACACGAACGUCACAGCUUCUUCAUUCCCCAUAAAUCUCCUUCCCAGUCACCCUCCCCAGUUAAGUGCUGAUCAAGAGAGCUCACAUGCUGUAUUACUCAAAACAGACGACCGCCUUUCUGUCACAGAAGAUGACUCCAAAGACUCUGAAUCCCAGAAGAGAAAAGGGAAGAACAAACAAGGCAUAGAAGAAAAGAGAAUGAAAGGCAGAAUUCGUUCUAGAAACACAAGGGCUAGAAAAUAAGAAUUACAUUGACUCCCUCGAGAAGAAGAUACAAGAGCUUGAAAGCGAAAAUUUCAGGCUCCAAAACCUUCUGCUUAGUUAUAGAAAUGAGAAAAUAGAGAGCAUUGAUAAGAAGUGCCAGAGAUAUUCGCAACAAAUGAAAGAUGCCAAGAGACAUAUUCUUGAGAAAUUUAUCAAUCCAGAAACUGGUAAACCAUGGAAUAAAGCACCCGAGAAGUACUCAAAUAAUUUCAGAGUGUCCUGUCCAGAACUUCUUGACAUGCAUUCAGAGUUUCUGGACGAUAUCUUUAAGAUGAUUAUUAAUAACCUGUAUCCUCUAAAACAACUCAAAUAUUGGAAAAUCCUUGACGGAAAUUAUGACAGAAAAUACGAAGUUAUACGAGAUUUCUUCAAGUGCUCAAAGUAUAAACUUCCAGAAUUUAAAGAAAAACAUAAGUUUAAUGCCAUCGAUGAAUAUGUGAUCUCAUUCAAGCCGAACAAGGAUCAGUUCAACUUCCUCGUAGACCUACUUAAGAUGGAAGCAAAUAUCAAGGCUCAGUACAGAAAGGCGGUAGAUCUUCUCCUUCAAGCGAAGACUCAGAUUGAAAAAGCUACAGGCGAGAUCUAUAAUCAUGGCUGAGUUCUAAUAAAAUCUGAGAUUAUUAGCCAGGAACAAUACCUAAACUCCAUCGCUAGGGAGAGAUUUGCUAUUGAAGAGGAUGGAUUUACCAAUAUUUGGGAGGUCCAGAGCACUCCUGUGACCUAUACUUACAACAUUGCCCAAGAUCCGCAUAUUGGAAAGUACGUACAGAAGUAUAUGGAGAAAAGUGAUCAUGAAAACGAGACCAAGUAUAAUAAUUUCUCAAUUCAAGCGAAUUAG